CCGAUCUCAAAAGGUCAGCGGAGGCGCAGGAUUCAAGAUGGCGGCUGUUUUGUGCGGUAGAGCUUUGGCCAAGUCUUUUGGCGUUUUUGAAGCAAGGGAGGUGAUGUGUUGUCUCGUGGGUAGUCGAAAUAUAAAGAUUGGCUCAAGCUUGCAAGGAUCAAGCACAGAAGAAUUCCAGGUGGAUCCAGAAAGACUGAAGCAGAUAGAAGACUCUCCCAGUGGGUGGGUGCCUCCCUCAGAAAAUACCCCUGUCCUUCCAUUCUCCAUAAGAAGAUCACGACUUAAUAACAUCCCAGUUUACACAGACAUCAAAGCUGGAGGGACCCGACAGCUUACAGUGAUCAGAAAAGUCAAGGGAGAUUUAGAGGCUCUUGAAAAACUUCUAAGGUCCAGGCUUGGAGAUGAUCUUGUUGUUCAGAGAAAUGAGCUUACUGGUCAAGUUAAAAUCAAAGGAAAUCAUAAAGACAGAGUUGUGACUAUAUUGAAAGAAGUGGGGUUUUAAAAGACAAAUUCAAAAGCUUCUUCAACUAUAAGGCCCCAACAUGAAGAACAGACUAGCAUCAAACAGUAAGAUCCUGAGUAACAUUUGUAUAAUAUAAAGACUUUUACACCUUUUCUGUUUUGCAACUCUUAAUUACAAAUUUGGUAAACAACAUUUGGGGCUACAUACAGAUCCUUUUAGUUCAAUUUCUUUCAUCUGCAGCAUACAAUCUUGUACAUAUAAAAGAAAAUAAAGCUCUCUAGUAAAUUACCUUGUGGGCUAAAAAGAGUUUUCAGAAUAUUGUCAAUUUAUACGACCUAUGUUAGUUUUAGAAAUAAACUAAGAAAUAAUUUGUUUCACAUGGGAUAAAUAAACAAAUAAAUAUUUUUUAUGGA